GAUCCGUAUUUCUAAAGUAAACAUUAAAUAUUUCUAUUUUUUUAUUAUUAUGGCAUCAAGUAGUGUAACACCUGUUAGAAAGACAUCUCGUCGAUCUAAACCUAGUCUCAAGGCACUGGAGUCCCUAUACAUAUCAAAGUUGAGAAAUUCUGGCUUUGUGCAGGUUAUCAGUAGUGACGAGGAUUAUCGUUAUUUGUCUGAAGAGGAAGAAUAUCUUAACGUGGACAUAGAAAAACCGAAACUUCUGCACGAUAACGAAAUUGUAGCUGGAGAAGAAAUUUUCAAAUUUCAGAGUAGAAGGCAACGUGAUGCUCUUGCUCAAAAGGUUGCAGAAACUUGUGUCCAAAAAACUCCUCAUGUUGUAAGACGUAAAACUAGGACUAAAAUUCAGAAACUCUUGGAGGCCGAAUAUGAAGAAAGUGGCAGUGAAUACGAAAUUUCUUCAAGUGCGAGUAGUAGCUCAGAGAGUGAAGAUCAUAGUAAUGAGAGAACACAAAGCAGUGAUGAAGAACCAGAACCACCUAAAGAUAAGAUUAAAUCUUUACAAAACAAAGUAAAAUUCGUUGAUACACAGCUACAACCAGCAAGAACAAAAGCCAGAGGCAAGUACACUAUAAACUCGGAUGAAUAUUUCGCAAAUACAGCAUCAAAGAAAAUUCAGACCUCCAACAAUACAUUAGAUAAGUUAGAAACUCCAAGAUUACCACAGUAUCAAUUACAGAAAUUAUUGAAAAAUAUGAAACUCUCUGAAAAACAUGAAAAAGCGAUGAAAAGAUUAUCUGAAAUUAACGAAAGUUUCUUUACGAAAUGGCUGUAUCUUUUAAAUGAAAACUUUAACAUACUGUUAUAUGGACUUGGAUCUAAGAAAAACAUUCUCCAAAGUUUUCAAAAUCAGUAUUUAAAUGAUCAUCCAGUUAUCGUCGUCAAUGGAUUCUUUCCAACAUUAUCAAUCAAAAAUAUUUUGGACGGGAUUUUAAUUGAUUUGUUUGAGUUACAGGAUGUCCCUUCAAAUAUCAAUGAAGCAUGUGAAUUAAUUAUUCAAGAACUUACAAGUAUGCCUGAAUUACGUCUAUAUUUAAUUAUUCACAACAUUGAAGGAGAAAUGAUAAAAAAUAGUAAGUCACAGAAUAUAUUAGCCAGGUUGGCUGCAGUUAAAAAUAUUCAUUUAAUUGCUUCGAUAGACCAUAUUAAUGCUCCACUGAUUUGGGAUCACAACAAAUUGAGUAAAUUCAACUAUAUAUGGUGGGAUGUUACAUCUUUUUUACCUUAUCUGGAGGAAACAUCAUUUGAACGUUCUAUGAUGAUCCAGCAAAGUGGAACGUUGGCCUUAUCGUCAUUAAGAAACGUAUUUUUAUCACUCACGACAAAUUCCAAAAGCAUAUAUAUUAUUAUCGUUAAACAUCAACUGGAGAAUUCCAAAAAACAGUAUUACCAGGGCUUAGCUUUUAAAGAUCUGUAUAUGGCUUGUAGGGAAGCAUUCAUCGUAAGCUCGGAUUUGGCUCUGAGGGCUCAGUUAACUGAAUUUGUAGACCACAAAAUGGUAAAGCUGAAGAGAUCGGUUGAAGGUACAGAGUAUUUAACGAUACCACUCGCAAAUAACCUAUUGCAAAAAUUCUUAGACGAGAACUCGUAAUUUAAGUGAAUUUAUUUGU